AGCGGGCAGUGAUUGGACGGAAAACGAGUUUACCCAUCUAAAGAAAGGCGGAAAUGACGACAGGAAACAGGAAAUAAGCACGCGUGAGAAUCUAAACAAGUUUCCCAAUCCACUGUUUCAAAAUUGGUACCACGAUGAAGGGGUGCAGAGCCCUUACCGACAGUUUCUGUAACAAUUGGAGCCACGUCAGAAAUAUGAUAGUUCUUCGUCGCCAAACUAGAAUAAACAACUUGCAACCCAUGACUUCUGAUUCAGCCCAUGUCCUCUGGCGGACACUGACCACCGCUCCUCCCCUCCCGAGUCCCGAACCUGAGGAGAAGGCUCCUCUGAGAGCCAUUGACCUUGCCAAGAAGAUUCGACAAGAGAAAAGGGAAGAAGAAAGAACAACCAAAGGGAUAAAACCAACAGCCACCCCUCUUCAGAAGAGGGUCUCUGAGUUAAAACAGUUCACCCAACAACUACAAAAUGUGCAUCCCAAUGUAUUGGCUAAACAUCUCCAUAAGACUAUGUUGUUCCAGAAUAGGGAUGUGAUUGUUCUCAAUAAACCCUAUGGGGUUUCGGUCAAAGAUCACGGAGGGGGCACAUGUAUCACCGCGGUUCUCCCGAUCCUUGCCAAAAUGAUGGAUCUGAAGGUUGACUCUGAGCUUCAGCCCUGUCUCGGACUGGAAAAAGAAGUAACAGGAACCCUACUACUGGCCAGGAACCAGGAGGCAGUGGAUAACAUAGUUUACCUUCACCGGCAUAAUCAAAUACAGAGGAAAUACUGGGCAAUCACUGUUGGUGUUCCUGUGCCAUCUGAGGGAGUGAUUGACAUCCCGCUCAUAGAGCGAGAGAUUGCGGGCACACAGCAUCAUUUCAAGAUGGGGCUGAGUCCUAUGUUUCGGCUCAAUGAAACGGGAGAAGGUGUCAGCAGAAUCCGUGCUCAUCGACAAGCCGAGAGUGCUGUGACCAAAUACCGUGUUCUGGACAGCAGGGCGGGCUGCAGUCUUGUUGAGCUGGAGCCACUGACCGGACUGAAGCACCAGAUUAGAGUGCAUUUGGCCUGCGCUCUGGGUUGUCCUAUUCUUGGCGAUCAUAAAUAUUCCAGCUGGACUAAACUGGCACCUCAGAAGUUGCCGGAAAAUGUGCUCGGAAAACUGGGGUUGGAGAAGAGCAAAACCCGUAAUCUAACCCUUCACCUACACGCCCGCCAAAUGGUUCUGCCUGGAACCACAAGUCAACCAGAGAUCAGAGUCUCCUGCCCCAUGCCAAAGUACUUCACCAAGGCGCUUCAAAGACUGAACUUAAUUUUUCCUGAUGAGAAAGAGCCUAACUAAAGAACUGGAUGCUGCUCACCUAAUGGGAGAAUUGGGGUUUUGUUUUUAAUGAGUAAAUAAAAGUAAUGUACGUUUUGUAUAAAAAAAUAAAGUGUCGGCCGCCUGUCA